AAACUUUAAGAUCCAUUUUGACUACGAGGUACCGUAUAUUUUUAAUUUUCAACAUUGGUGAUUUGGUCUGAUCUACCUGACAGCUAAAUGGAGGUAGUGUACACCUGCAAUGAGGACUCUUCAAGUGAUGCUAAAGACUGGAUAUCCGAGGAGAAAAGUUGCAGCUCGCUAUCGAGUCAAAACGUUUUAGCAAUCAGUCGACAGAAAACUGGUUCACAUAAAAGAAAGAGAGGAAAUGAGACAAGUAUGAGUUGUGAGGUUGGGGUGUUUGACCUGGAUAAGCCCUGGGAAUGGUUCACAGUAACAACCCGUCAAGCCAUUGUCACCAAUCUACAAUGGAACAAAACUGGAACCAGAUUACUGAUAACUGAUUCUACUGGGCUAUGUCAAGUCUGGCAAAUGCAGGAAAACCUGGUCAACAAAUGGGAGUGUGUGGGAUCCUCUUCCCUCCCUGGAGAGGAUAUACUGGCAGUUGCGUGGUUCCACACAGGGGUUCAGAUUUUGUUCAGUCCGGAGAAGAAAGAUGCCAUCACAUAUGAGGAUAAAUUUCUGAGGGAGCGAUAUCAACCUUCAGUGACCCAGUUUGGGGGUAAACCAGUGGACGGCUGGAUAGCAGUGACUGCAAGUGGACUUGUUGAGUGCUGUGUUAUCAACAGACAGGAGCCUUAUAUAACCUCAUCCCACAAAUCUCUGUCUCUCACCCCCCAGAGACUCAGUCUGGCGGCUGUGGCCUAUUCCAACAUGGGCGGAUUUGUGAUUGCUACCAGUGAUGGUCAGUUAUCCUCUCUAGUCCAGUGCUUCCAUGUUACAGCACAGCUUACAACUGAAGGAGUCCAAGUCACCAGCAAACCAACGUCUAGUCUCCAUAUGAAGAGUCGCAUGGAGUAUUCCACCAAUGAAAGCCAGCAGAUGACUGUGACAAAUCUGACCUUUAUGAACCCAGAGUCAUGUGACACUCUUAUCGUUAGCUGUGGGUGCAAUGGCUACAGUUCUAUGGAAAUCUGGCAGCUUGUCGAGCAGCAUACAAAUCUUCACCAGCUUUGCCAGUCAAGUCAAGGAGUCGAUAAUGGCUUUAAGAUUCAUAAAUGGAUGCAUCACUCUACUAUUCAGCAUACUUCAUAUCUCUCUUGCAUUGCAACAUCAAAACUUCCUGUCAAACAUGUAAUGGAGACUGGGUUUUCACCGUACAUUGCUGCAGCUUACAAGGACGGGUCCAUCAAACUCAUUCAUCGACAUAAUCACCAAGUUCUGCACACAUCGGCUGAUGCAUUACGAAUGCAUGCAGUCAACAGCUCACCUGCGAAAAAGUCUAAAAAAUCUGUCAACAUCACUAACCUUAUACAGACCUUCUGUGGGUGUGGUCUGAUUGCAGUUCAUGAUGGAAAGAUCUCUGUGCUCAAGGUUUACAGUGUAAAGGAUGGUGCUAUAUCUAUGUCUGCCCUGCUUGUGUGUCUGCUGUUUGAGUAUGCUCUGGUCACUGGCAAUGAUUGGUGGGGGAUCCUACUGGCAGUUAAACCUGGUAACAUAGAAGCAAUCUGCCAGAAGUUGAUUGACAAUUUCUUCAAGCAGUCGCCCGCCAUGCAGGAGUCAGUAGCCAUGAGACUGCAGGCCCUAAAGGUGGCCCUGUACAGCACCAACUUCUCCAGCCGGGAGAAGGCCUCCGACUGUCACACUCGACUGGUUCUCCAGGCCAUCAAUGCCUUGUUCAGAUGUCUGUUGAGACCCAAGAACAUCACGUCACAGGAUAAGAGUCCUGGAGAGAAGCUUAGUGCAGUUUGUGUCAAGUCUACGGAUGGUGAUCUGGACAAAGUCUUGUUUAACCUUGACAAAGAAGAAUACCAGGUGGAUACAAAGCGAAGAGACAAGGCAGGGGAUGGGAUGAUGCAGUCCUUGAAGCCCCUGAUUCAGUGGAUUGCAGACUUCUGCCUACAUUUGCUGGCAUCCAUCCCCCUGUAUCAGUCAUACCCCAGCUUCCCUGGCUCCUCUCUCCUGAGUGACAGCUCUUUGCUGAGAACCCUGAGAGAACUACUGGUCAUCAUUCGAAUCUGGAGCACAUCUUCUCCUUCUGUGGCACCCAUAUUCACCACCACAUCAAAUGUAGACUGUUUAGCUCACCUGUAUAAAGUUCUUACCAAAGCCUGGUUGUGCUGCAAAGAUGGAUCAAAGCUCGAAUACGACGAGACAUUGCUGGAUGAGUGCUGUGUUCUUCCCAGCAAGCUCCUGGUGCCGGCCAUGAACCAGAGCUUUCGACUCUAUAGCUCCGGGUACACUGUGUUUGGACAGUCUUUUCCUGUGAACUUUGUGUGGGGGGAAUACCCUGAGUACCUGUACAGCCAGAAAAAGUCCAAACUGAUGUACGUCUCAGAUGUUCUGACAGAGAACCAGCAGCAUCAUGACAUAAUUAGGCAGAUUCAUCUGGGGGUCCAUUUGUCUGAGAAUGUUCGCCAGUGCUGUCGAUGUGGGGGAUUUUCGCUAUUAACCAGUGUUACAAAGUCAUCCAUCAUGAAGGCUUGGGAACAAAGAUGGCAGAGGCAUUGUCUCUGUGCAGCGCACUGGAAGCUUUACACAGAGAAUGAAUGAUUUUCUUUAUAUAAAAUUUGCAUUGUUAUUCAUUGUGUCAUAUACAUUAGAUAAAACUUUCAUUAAAAAUGUAGAAUA